UUGGAAACAUUCUUAGUGCCUGCUCUGACAUGUGGGCGCACUCGCACUGUCAGUCCAGUUGUGCGCUCUCUCCCUCUCUCUCGCUGCUCAGGCUUUUUGUUGGGAAGUUUCUGUGUGAGUGAGUCAACACGGCACACAGGGAGGACGCCACCCAGCCCCGCCGCUGGAUCCAAUGCUGGGCUUCUCCUUUCUCCUCCGAGGACGCAGGACACGAAGACAACUUCACUUCGACUUCUUCAACAACAACUGGGGAUCUAGUUUUGUAACCGUCGCGCUCCGGGGAUGGUUAUUGUCGCUUUGACGCGUAUUUUUCCUCAUUGGAGUUAACACAGCGGAGGUGAAAUGAAAGUGACGGUGUGUUUCGGGAGGACCCGGGUGGUCGUUCCGUGUGGAGAUGGGAAUAUAAAAGUGCUCAGUCUUAUCGAACAAGCGGCCAUGAGGUAUAAGAAGGCGAUCGCAAAGGACCCCAGCUACUGGGUCCAGGUCCACCGCUUGGAGCACGGAGAUGGAGGCAUUCUGGACCAGGAUGACAUGCUGUGUGAUGUGGUGGAUGACAAAGACAGGCUGGUAGCAGUAUAUGAAGAGCAGGAUCCUCACAAUGGAGGUGAUGGUACCAGUGCCAGCUCCACUGGUACACAGAGUCCCGAACCCUUCACCAGUGACAUGAGUUCGGUGUCAGCCUUUCAGCCCUACCAAGCCACCAGUGAGAUCGAGGUCACCCCGUCCGCUCUGCGAUCCAACAUGCCUCUCCAUGUCCGUCGCAGCAGUGAUCCCUCCCUGGCCGGCCUUCCUCCGGGCGAGGUCCCUGUUGGUCCAGAUGAACCAUCCAGAAAGAACCCAGCUCGCUGGUCCACAACAGCCGGCUUCCAAAAGCACAAACACAAACCAAAUCCAAACACCGGCACCGGCAGCCUGGAACGAAAGGGUAGAGGAGGCCAUGCCUAUCGGAGUCUUCCUCGUGAUGCGAGUGGCUGGACCACUCAGUUCCAGAGAGAAAUGACUCGAUCUUCUCUGAGCGCCAACCAUCCUAUGGUGGACCGAUGGCUUGACAGACAGGAACAGGAAGAGGAGGAAGAGGAGCAAAGUAGACAAGAGAGGAGGAUUGAGCGGAUAGAGCCAGUGGGGAGGGCAGAUUCCUCGUUGGAGCAUUCACCUGUGUUAAGUCUAGAAGGCCUGCUCAAGCCAGUUGAGGUGUCCAAUGGAGGAGGGCCCCUGGGGAUCCACGUAGUGCCUCUCAGUUCGCAGGAUGUCAGGACUCAUGGCCUGCUGGUGAAGCGCCUGGAGCGUGGGGGAAAAGCCGAGCAGGAGCGUCUCUUCCAGGAGAACGACUGCAUUGUCAAAAUUAAUCAGGGAGACAUUCGCCACCUGCGCUUUGAACAAGCCCAGACCAUCUUUAAGCAGGCGAUGCGCGCCCCAGUCAUCCUCUUCCACGUGGUCCCCGCGGCCAUGAAGAGACAGUACGAGCUGCUGAUGGUCCAGAACGAGCUCAGCCCACCCCAGUCUAACAGAGUCCGCUUCAGCCAGGAUUCUCAGCAGUCAGGGGACAGGUCCAGUCUUGCUGGGGGGCUCACGUCCAGAUCUGGACUACCACCAGGCCUCAACCACAACCACCAGGGACCCGUGGCAGGAAGCACCCCAGAGACAAGCCGACGGUACACCACGUUACCCCACACAUUGGUCUCGAGGACCUCGUCGGCCCCCUCCCCCUCCCUGCAGCGCAGGAUAAGCACAACCCCAUCAAACAGCUCCUACCUGAAGAAGAAUGGGCGUCGAUUCAACAUCCAGCUGAAGAAAGGUCCAGAGGGUCUUGGGUUCAGCAUCACGUCCAGGGACGUCCCCAUCGGUGGCAGCGCUCCCAUUUAUGUCAAAAACAUCCUUCCUCGAGGAGCCGCCAUCCAAGAUGGCCGAUUGAAAGCUGGAGACCGGCUGCUGGAGGUUAGUGGAGUAGACCUGAGUGGUAAGAGCCAGGAGGAGGUGGUGGCCCUGCUCCGAGCCACGCCCAUGGGAGGAACUGUGAACUUGUUGGUGAUUCGCCAAGAGGACUCCCUGCUGCCCCGAGAAGUGCAGCCAGAGGAAGAUGAGAUGGUGUUAACCCCUGAUGGUACGCAAGAGUUCAUGACCUUUGAGAUCCCUCUGAAUGACUCCGGCUCAGCAGGCCUGGGGGUCAGCGUCAAGGGGAACCGGUCCAAGGAGAGCCACGCCGACUUGGGCAUCUUUGUGAAAUCCAUUAUUAAUGGAGGUGCUGCUAGCAAGGAUGGCCGUCUACGAGUCAAUGACCAGCUCAUUGCAGUCAAUGGGGAGUCAUUGCACGGGAUGACCAACCAGGACGCCAUGGAAACGCUGCGCAAAUCCAUGUCUGUAGAGGGAAACAAGCGAGGGAUGAUUCAGCUCAUCGUGGCCCGGCACGUGCCCAAAAACAGUGAGGUAGCCCCUGGCAGCCCUCCGGUCAUAGAGCAUCCUUCAAACUCUCUACUGGACAACCACGAGCGCCGGAUUUCCCACUCACUGUAUGAAAGCAUCGAAGGCUUGGACAACAACUCCACACCACAGACUAAUAUGAUCGGACGCAUUGGUAACUACCAGCUCUCUCCGACUGUGAACAUGCCACAGGACGACAUAGUGAUGAUCGAAGACGAUAGGCCGCCCCUGCUUCCUGCACACCUCUCCGACCAAUCGUCCUCCAGUUCCCACGAUGACAUGGGCUUUGUGGGAGAGAACCCAGUGCCCUGGAUUCAUGAGCUGCCCGGUCAGAAUGAAUGCUCGCUGAGUCCAGACACAGACGCUGAUGGUUCGUUCCAGAGGGAGGGAUUCGGGCGCCAGAGCAUGUCGGAAAAACGCACCAAACAAUAUGAAAAUGCUGCAGAGUUGGGGAUCAUCAAGGCGCGCAAGUCCAAGAGCAUGGAUCUAGUAUCAGAUGAGAUUAACUGCAGCACAAGAACCAAUGGAGGUUCGACAGAUCAAGAGGUCGGACCCUCGCUGGGCCUGAAAAAGUCCAGCUCCCUUGAAAGUCUCCAGAAGGCUGUUGCCGAGGGGAAUGGUGAAAUCAACGUCAACAGGCCGCGCUCACGGAUUGUCAGGGGCCGCGGCUGCAACGAGAGCUUCCGAGCUGCAAUCGACAAAUCAUACGAGAAACCUGGAUCCUCAACGGCAGAAGAAGAGAACAGCAUGGAGACAUUGGAUGAGGACACUGAGGGAAGUUCCAGAUCAGGUCGCGAGUCGAUGUCCACCAGCGGCGACCUCAUUGUGGGGCCCGGGCUGAACGGCAACCUCUCCAAAGAUGACAGGCAGAAAGAUCGGGACAAGGUUGGGGGGAAGGAAAAGAAGAAGCCAGAGAGGGAGAAAGACAAGGAGAAAGACAAGGACAAGAACAAAGCCAAGAAAGGCGUGCUGAAGGGUCUGGGCGACAUGUUCAGGUUUGGAAAGCACCGCAGGGAUGAGCGGCCAGGAGACAGGAUGGAGAGGAAGGGCUCCAGUAAAUCUAAAGCUGAGGACACACAGGCGUCAGAGGAGGAGACCCUGCGGAUGAGGCUGGAACAAGAGAGAAUACAGGCCAAGAUGCGGGAGCUUCGGGAGAGGCAGGCAAAGGAAAGGGAAUAUGCUGAGAUCCAAGACGUUGUCGGCGGCACCUUCAGCUCAGAUGAGGAGCACACCUACGCUGGAAUCGGGUCAUUAGACUCAUCGGUGGAUAGCAGCAGCACAGACCCUUACAGCCACCACUACCAUCUCCCCCAGAGUCCCCAGAGUCCUCAUCCUCCCUUGAACCUACAGAACAACGGUCCACCCCUGGAGGCUCUGUAUGCCCAGGUCAACAAGCCACGCAAUGGACGCCCUGCAGCUUCAGACAGCAGUCAGAUGGCUCCCAGUAACCACGACCGGAUACAAAGGCUGAGGCACGAGUUCCAGCAGGCCAGGCAGGAGGACGACCUCGACGACCACAGGCACACCUACAGCUUCAGCCAGCCCUGGGUGAGCAAUGGGACGGAGACGCCAAGCGGACGCCACUCAGUAACAGUUGACAGUCAGGUCCAGAAACAGCAGCAGGAGGACAGAGACGGUUUCCAGCAGGCACAGAGACAAUACAGCUCGCUGCCACGGCAACCUCGUAAGAACCCCAGCACGGCGUCCCAGGACUCGUGGGACAAGGUGUACAUGCCGGCAGAGGGAUUCCAGACAUCCAAGGAGAACCCUCGCUACUCGGGCAGCCAGGGAUCACGCAACGGCUACCUGGGAACGUCCAGCUUCAACGCCCGCGUCCUCUUAGAGACUCAGGAGCUGCUGAGGCAGGAGCAGAGACGCAGAGAGCAGGAGGCCAACAAGGCCAGGCCACCUCCCGCUCAGGAAACCCCCAGCGGCAGCACCUUCGACCACAGCAGAGACCACACUCAGGCCUCAGGCUCUGCUCCGGCCCCGCCACAGGCCCCGCCUCAGUUAAAGGGGCCCUACAGACAAGACGUUCCCCCGUCGCCUUCUCAGCUCGCCAAGCUCAGCAGGCUCCAGGGGUCCGAGAAAGGGAGGCUGUUUUACUCCUGAGACAUGACGAGGGACUGGAGAACUAUUGAUUUUUGGAGCAUUAAGAGGGAAAAUACAAA